UAUGUUGCUAGUACCUGUGACUUGCGUCUUGCGGUGGUGUACUAUUUACAAUAAUGUGCUGCUCGUACCUUUAGGCCAUUUGUCCUUGUUAGGUCAUUUGUCACCUUACGGUAGUGUGUUAUUGGCCCCCGAAUUUUCUAUUUUAAGGUCUGCUAAUUUCGGAAGAGAAAUUGAUAAGUAUAAAAUUGCUAAUUAUUAUGUGGUUGUUUUUUUUCAGUCCAAAGAUCAAGACGCUGACCCCUCUGAACAUAAAAUAUCAAUUCUCGGCAAAAAAAUCACAAAAAGAAAAAAAAUUGGGAGAAAACCCGACUUUUCAAUUGUGUCGAAGGCUAAGCUAUUUCAAAAAAAAUUGGAACUUUUAGUAGGUGAAGUAUCAAAUUCACCAUGGAAAGAAAAAAAUAAUAAAACUAACGGAGAUCGAAAAAAGCUAAUACGAAUGCUCAAAGACAUUUACGAUCGUAUUGCUAAAGCAUUUUUCAAGAAGUAUUCGUUUCUUGAUAUUCGAUCAUUUAAAAACUUAGAAAUUUAUGGUGUCCAAAUAACAGGGUUUAAGAUGAAAAUUUUUUGCCUCGACAAACCUGGAUUUGGUCUUUACAGAAUUAGAAAAAUUGACGAAAUCACAAUCCCUGUUAAAAUCGAAGAUAAUUCUAUUGAUAGGAUUUUUGAAAAAUUGAUG